AGGAGUGGGGAAGCUGUGCCUACACUGGGGACCUUCUCUGCUCUUCUGGGAUGGAGCUGGAGCCAGGCGGGAGGUGAUGGCCAUCGCCACUCUGGCCGCCUGCUAUAACAACAAGCAGGUGUUCAGGGGCGUAGUGAAGAUCCGGAAGGGACAAGCCGUCACUCUGAUGAUGGAUGCCACAAACAUACAGGCUGUCAAAGCCAUCAUGUACCAGUAUGUGGAAGAGAUCUACCAGAAGAUCCCCAGCACGGACCCUUCGUCCAACAAGACGCAGCAGAUCAUCGCCUCCAUCCGCGCCAUGAGCCUGCCCGGCGGCCCCAUGGCCUCGCGCCACCACUACUCCCCCAUCUACCUGUCGUGCGCCAUGCUGCUGGCCGCCCUCAGCUGGCAGUACCUCAGCACCAUCUCCAAGGCCGCCGAAGAGUACGUCCAGGCGGGCGAGAACUGAAGGGCGGGCAGGCGGUGGGAGAGAAGAGAUGGUCGGCGGACGGGCAGCAGAGGCGGGAGGCUCCUUGCCCCUGCUGGUGGGGACAGCCGGGGUGCCACCGGGCCCGCGGGCGGUGAUGAGGACGGGACGCCGGUGGCCUGGAGCCCCUGUGGGGACAGCAUGGCGUCGCCAGGCUCCGCUCCUCACCUCUCUUGCUGCCUGCGUGGCUGGUUGCAAGCACCAAUCGGAGUCUUACUGUUUGCGGUUGAAUUUGGAUUUUGGUUUUUCCCUCCUUUCCUGUUGGAUAGUUUACCUGAUUACUACCGAUUGGAUUUUUCUUUUUUUUUUUUUUUUUUUUUUGGUUAGGAUGGUUGAAAUAGAAACUCCAGUUGCCUCUUUUCUUGCUUGAGAUUUGAGACCCCUUUCCAGCUCAGAGCCGCGGGACGGGAGCCUUUUCUGGGUUUUGGCCUCCCUUUCUUACACAGCCCCUUUUCCCCACGUGGAGGGCUCUGGCUUCAGCCAGGAGGCACUGCAUUAGCCAGCAGAAAGCUCUGGCCAUCUUCUGGCCACCAGCCCGGGCUGGUUGCCCUCCUGGCACCUGGAACCAGGGGCGAUCUUCACCUUUCUGUCGUUGUAUUUGAGGAGGCUGCUAGGCUCGAAACGAGCCCUUUCCUUGCUCAGUGUCGGAGGCGUGCUGCUCUGGCUGCUGGAACGUGCACCCUGCCCAAAGCCGGCUCUUGCAGCUCCUUCGUACAGGUGGCACUGUGCGUUGCAAAGCUUUGGGUUUUAGCAGCUGGGGAGGUGGUGAAAGGGAGUGGGAAGGAGUUGCCCUGGGCUAAUGUGAGCACAGCCACCCACCUUUGCUGCAUGCUCUGGGCUCUGCACUUUUGUAGCCCAGAGGGAGCUUGGGGUGGCCCAGGCGGGUUUUCCUGGCCCACUUGGCUGCAGCUCGGGGUGCUGCGAGUGAGUCUGACGUGCAAACUGGAAGAGCUUUCCACUGCUGUUUCGAAACCCAUCAGCCUGGACUUCAAGCAGGCUGCGUUCCCACAGGGAACGCCAGGGGUGGGAAGAGGAAACGACUUUCAAGUCCCGUUUUCCUGGAUUUUUGCUUUCAGUCACCCUAAUCCCUCACUGCUGCUUUGGCUGUGUGAUGGGGGGGGGACAGCCUGGGGCAGGACAGGCAAAGCCUACCCCUACCAGGGGCGUUUGGUGGCCUUUGCAAGGCCAAGCCUGUGUGGCCAGACUGUUACUUGGAGGAAGCAGCCCUGCUCCACGAGUACCUAUGUAGAUAGUUUUAAGCUGUUGUUCAAAAACCUUGCGGUAGCUCCCUUUGUGCAGCUUCCUGUUGUUGACAUUAAAGUUUUCUUUGGAAAAAAAAAAAAAAAAAAAGAGUGCUUGAGAAUUUCUUCCGCCGUUAUUUCUCUUAUUGUGCUAGUUCCCCGCUGUUGCACAAGUUACAUGAAGUGCAGAUGCUUCCUUGCAGGGCAUCACCGUAAUGCCCUAUAGGUUGGGCCUGAAAACUGAAUUGUAACCCGGGGGGAGACAGCUAACGCUCAGUACGUUGACUUUUAUACCGGUCCCUGUUGGGAAGAGGAGGAGUGGGGAAGCUGUGCCUACACUGGGGACCUUCUCUGCUCUUCUGGGAUGGAGCUGGAGCCAGGCGGGAGGUAAGUUAGAGCCUUAGAGCAUGUUGCAGGCUGGGAGACUACAGCCAGCCCUUCUGGGGGCUCUGCUGCUCUCUAGAAACCUUUCAAGGUCAAGACCAGUCUAUUGCACAGCUGCUGCUUGCUCAUCUCUUGAGCUCCAGCCUUGCUAUACCCUAUCCAGCUAGCUGUAUCCCGCCUCUCGUUUUACUCCAUACUCUCGUAGCAGUGCCAGCUUUGUAGCCCUGGGCUUGGUCUGGAGGUUUCCUUGCCUAAAAGCCUGCAGCAGAAGGCCCGAGGGGCUGAACGCAGUGUGUUCAGCAGGGGUCGGGGCACAGCACCCUUGGGCUGCUGCUGUGCUUUCCAGUGCCCGGCUACAUCCCUGUUUCCCCAGCCCUGCACCCCUGGCUUCCCUCUGGUCCCUGGUGAAGCAUCCUCUGUGCCACCAGGACUUGGCACUGCUCGGGGGCCAGCGCAGGUCCCAGGCAGCGGCUGCAGCCCCGCUGCCACCAGCAUGGCCAGAGGAUGGGGCAGGGACAGCUUGCACUGGCACAAAAGGGCCUCACCCGGCUUCCACAACAGCAAAGCAACAGCAGAAGAGUUGAGGAUGGUUUUAGCUCCUGAAGGAGAAGUCAACAAGGGGCAGGAGACGAGACGUUGGAGAAAUCGUUUAUUGGCACGGUUGUUUCAUUCACACACACCAAAGCUCUGUCUCACUGGUUCAGUAGGCAGAGGUGAGGGGCUAUUUUACAGUACAAGGGAGAGCCUGCUUCACUUAUUUCAGCCCUGUAGCAUUAGCUCAGCAAUAUACUUUGUGCUUUAAAAGAAAAUCAAAAGCUCUUUCACUAUAUUAGUGUUGGCAAAUCGCAUGAUUCCUCCUACACUGCUAUUACACUUCCCCCAAUAACAAAAAUAA